AUGGCGUCUCCCGCUGUCAAGAAAGCAAUCUCAGAGGCAGCGCUGCAGUACCAGAAGCCCGAGGGCAAGGUCUUCGAGUAUGGCACCGCAGGAUUCCGCAUGAAGGCGGAUCUCCUCAACACCGUCGUUUUCGCCGUCGGCCUCCUUGCCGGUCUGCGUUCGAAGAAGCUUAGUGGGCAAUGGAUUGGUGUUAUGGUGACCGCAAGCCACAACCCCGCGGAGGACAACGGUGUGAAGCUGGUUGACCCGAUGGGCGAGAUGCUCGAGGCCGAGUGGGAGGCGUACGCUACCAAGCUCGCCAAUGCCCCGCUGGACAAAAUCGCCGAUGUCUACGAUGAGCUCGUGAAGGAGAUCGAUGUCAAGAUGACCAACCCGGCCCGCGUGGUCUUCGCCAGAGAUACUCGUGCCUCUGGCUCUCGACUUGUCGGUGUGCUCAACGCCGCUCUUACCGCAACCGAGGUUGAGUUCAUCGACUCCAAGUACAUGACCACCCCUCAGCUCCACUACGUCGUGCGCUGCAAGAACACCCUGGGAACACAGUACGAGUAUGGCGAACCUUCAGAGGAGGGGUACUACCAGAAGCUUGCCGAGUCCUUCAAGAAGGUUAUGCGGGGUGUCAAGGUUCAGGGACCUUUGACCGUGGACUGUGCCAAUGGUGUCGGUGGCCCUAAGCUGCGGGAGCUCAUGAAGGUUCUUGACACUCCUAUCGAUAUUAAGGUUGUCAACGACGAUGUUAUUAACCCCGACAGCCUGAACUUUGAGUGCGGUGCCGAUUACGUGAAGACCAAGCAGCGUGCUCCGCCCUCCUCCAAGGCUGCUGCUCUGGAUCGUUGUGCCUCGCUGGAUGGUGACGCCGAUCGCCUAGUCUACUACUUCGUCGACGAAAGCAACGUCUUCCGACUCCUUGACGGUGACCGCAUCGCUACCCUGGCCGCCUCGUUCAUCGGUGACCUCGCCCGUAACGCCGGCAUUGCCCAGAAGCUCAAGAUCGGUGUUGUCCAGACUGCCUACGCCAACGGCGCUAGCACUGACUACAUCGAGAAGGUACUGAAACUGCCUAUCAUCUGCACUAACACUGGUGUGAAGCACCUGCACCACGCUGCUUUGCGUUUCGAUGUCGGUGUCUACUUCGAGGCUAACGGCCACGGUACCGUGACCUUCUCGGAGAAUGCCCUGAAGACCAUCAAGAGCACCGAGCCCCAGUCUCCUGCCCAGCAGCGCUCCCUGGAAUGCCUCCAGGCCCUGACUGAGCUGAUCAACCAGGCUGUCGGUGACGCUCUUUCUGACAUGCUUCUUGUCGAGGCUAUUCUCGCUCACAAGGGCUGGACCACCAAGGAGUGGCUCGGUACCUACACUGACCUUCCCUCUCGCCUCGUGCGUGUGGAGGUUAACGACCGUUCCAUCUUUAAGGCAUAUGAUGCCGAGCGUAAGCUGGAGUCCCCGGCCGGCCUCCAGGGCAAGAUCGAGUCCCUGCAGUCUCGCUACAACAAGGGCCGCAGCUUUGCCCGUGCCAGUGGUACCGAGGACGCUGUCCGUGUCUAUGCUGAGGCUGCCAGCCGAUCUGAGGCGGAUGACCUCGCUACUCGCGUCGCCAACGCGGUGCGCGAGGCCGGUACCGCCGAUGCUCAGCAGGCCUAA